AUGCUCAUCCAAACACCCCUAACAGCACUAACCCUCCUCUCCACAGCAGCAGGCCAGUCUCAACCUCGCCACCGCUGCACAAAUAGCGACGCCUGCUGGCCAACCCCCGAAACAUGGAACCAAUUCAACACCACAAUCGGUGGGAAACUGAUCCGCUCCGUCCCCUCCGCCGCCGUCUGCCACAGCCCCCGAUACAACCCCGGUCAAUGCGCAACCGCAAAACGCAGCUGGCUCGAUAGUUUCUGGCGCACGAACCAGACGGGCGGGUAUGCGGCGAUGGUGUGGGAGAUGGGUGAGACUGGGAGGUGUUUUAUUGAUACACCUGUUGAGGAGGGGUGUGAUCAGGGGAUUGUACCGUAUUACUCCGUCCGAGCACAGAGUGUUGAGGAUAUCCAAGCCUCUGUGAGAUUCGCCAGUGAGAAGGAUCUAUAUCUAGUAACCAAGAACACGGGGCAUGAUCAUCUCGGUCGGUCAAGCGGAAAAGGCGCAUUCUCGAUCUGGACGCAUAACAUGAAGGGCAUUGAAUGGCACGACGCGUUUAUUCCCCGUGGAGCGCCAGAUGAUGCCGAUAUUGGUGUACCGGCUGUAACGCUGCAAGCUGGGGAGCAGUGGUUUGAUGUAUAUCAAGCAGCAUCCAAGAAAGGAGUCGUGGUUGUCGGAGGCUCAGCACGCACAGUCGGUGCAGCAGGGGGCUAUCUGCUCGGCGGAGGCCACUCGCCGUUUGCACAUUAUUAUGGCCUUGCGGCGGAUAAUUUAUUGGAAAUGAGUAUCGUCUCUGCGGCUGGCGAACAUCUCGUGCUGAAUCGGUAUACGGACCCGGAGUACUUCUGGGCUGUGCGUGGUGGUGGGGGGAGUUCCUGGGGGGUCGUCACGUCAGUCACAUACAAAACACACCCAGUCCCCGAGAACCUCAUCAUGGGCUUCGUCCAGCUGAACGCCACCAACGGGAAUCUCACCAACGUCCUGGCCGAAUCGCUUAAGCUCCUCCCGGGUGUCACGGACGCCGGAUACAUAGGGUACGGCGAUCUCAGCGGGGGGUUCAACGGGUUCUUCAUGACGCCGAAUAGCACUGUUGGAGCGUUUAAUGAGACCUUUGCGGGCUUCUUCAAUCUAUCUACCCGGCCUGGUGUGCAGGGCGCGGUUGGGGCGUAUCCGUCAGACUGGGAUGGGUAUCUAGAGACGAUUCUGAGGGAUCCGAAUAUCGGGACCAAUAUCCAGGAUACGUCGCGGCUGUUGACGGCGGAUGUUAUCCAGGACAAGGCGGAGGAUCUGGCACGGUUUCUGGUGAAGAAUCCGGGUGGGGGGUUCAAUUUUAUUGGGAAAGUGAACAACGAUGAGCGUGACAAUACUGCGGUACAUGAUAUCUGGAAGAAGAGCCACGCCUUGCUGAGUAUCUCGAUUGACUGGGCGGAUAACGCCACCGAGGCCGAGAAGCAUAAGAAGAGAUUACAUGCAGUACACAUGAGCGAGACCUUUUCGGAGAUUGUUGGAUCUGACGAUGGGACGUACAUAAACGAAGCAAAUCCAUAUGAGCCGAACUGGGAGAGCGUGUUCUGGGGAGAUAAGUAUGAGAGACUGCUCGAGAUUAAACGGCGGGUUGAUCCCACAGGGCUGUUUAUUUGCAAUCGGUGUGUUGGGGGAGAGUUGGUGUUGCAGGCAUAG